AAUUCACACUGAGAGAAAACACUUAUUUUUCAGAGACAAGUAUGAAAAAAUGGGGAAGCAAAAUAUUAAUACUUAAUCUAUCAGUUUUUGGAUUCUUUUUGGUAUUGAUUAACUACCCACUUCAAGAGCCUGGGACAAAUAAGAAACCAGUAACGCAGAAGCCAAAAUAUAUACUGUACUAUAGUCAGUUUUGGUCCUCAGACAAUUUUGGCCAUGGAUAUGGAAUGAACCCUUUUGUAGCAAACAAUUGCUCAGUGAAUAAUUGUUUUAUUACAAAUAACAGGUCCUUACUGCCUGAGAUUGAAGAUUUUGAUAUGAUAAUAUUUUACACUGGUCGUGGAGAGGUUCCAAAAAAAAGAAGUCCAAAACAAUUUUAUGUCUACUUCAGUCUGGAGGCCCCCCCACAAUCUGGCAUUAAUGGUUAUGCAGAAAGGUAUAAGUCAUUUUUUAAUUUAACAAUGACGUACAGAAGAGAUUCAGAUAUCUUUUUACCCUAUGGAGAACUGCAAUCUGGAGAUUAUGUCUCUACUAUAAAAAACAAGUUAAAAGAAACCAGUUCUAGACUUACAGAUGACAGAAAGCUUGUCGCAUGGGUUGUAUCUCAUUGUGAAACACAAUCAAAACGGGAAAAAUAUGUUCAGAAAAUGAAAAACUGGAUUCCCAUUGAUCAAUAUGGUAAAUGUACCGCUGGGGGAGACUGUGAUAACACUUGUUACAUGAAUCUUGGAACUAAAUACAAGUUUUAUCUCUCAUUUGAAAAUUCACUGUGCAAGGAUUAUGUGACAGAAAAGCUUUGGCGGAUAUUAGAGCAAGACAUGAUUCCUGUUGUGUUAGGAUCUGCGAAUUAUACUGAUGUGGCCCCUCCGCAUUCUUUUAUUAAUGUUCAGGAUUUUAAGUCCCCUGAAGAGUUGGCUAAAUAUCUUCUAAAACUUGAAAAAAACCAGAAGGUUAUAUUCCUUACUGAGGGUGAAGAAAUCAGCCAAUCACCCACCGGAGUUCACUACGUUUUUGCUUAAAAAAAUAUUGCAAUA